AUGACAGAGGACAAUUGUUUCGUUUAUGCUUGCAUUCAGGCUGGAGUAAAUGAAGAAACUAUUGACCACAUGAGAGAAGUCAUUCGUGUUAGAGACUUUCCUCAAAGUAAAGUACAAGAAAUUUCUGACGCAACUGGUAUAGCAUUCAAUGUUACCAUUGGUUAUUUCAAUGACUCAAGACAUAAUGAAAUAAAGAGAUAUAUACCAAAAGAAUGCGAAACUGUUAGAACUAUUGACUUACUUCUUGUUGAAGACCACUACAUGCUAAAUGAAAGACUUCCAAUGACAACAUAUUUCAUUCGAAACUAUAAAGAAAUUCUCAAAGCUUGUGGUGGAAUGAACAUUGAGAAACAGAUGAAGAUUUAUACAAAGAGAGAAGAUAAAUAUGUAGUUCGUUAUGAUAGAACAACACCGUUAUGGGAUGUUAUGAAAACAUUGUGGGAGUGCAAAUAUUUCGAACCUAUUUCUUAUGGAGAACUUUUCACAUAUACUACUGACUUAUAUAAACAGAACCUUGCACCAUUUAAAGAUUUGACAUAUGCUCCAAAGUAUUGUGUACAACUGAAGAAGAAAGCAGAGUCAAAAGAAGUAAAUAAAGCUAAAUGUAAAUUCAUACCUGAGCACGUUUUCUUUGCUGACUUUGAGUGUAGUACGGAUGGCUUUCAUAAAGCUUUUAACAUCUGUUAUGACAGUGAAGAUGGUUCAGUUAGUGAAAGUAUUUGGGGUCAAAACUGUGCAACAGAAUUUUUGGAAAGACUUCCUGACAAGAGUUUAAUAUAUUUCCAUAACCUCAGUUAUGACAUAAACUUCAUCUUAAGACACAUGACAGAAGUGAAAGGAACUCCCAUCAUUAAAGGUUCACGAACAAUGCAAAUAACUGGUUUAUAUAAAGGACGGGCAAUUAUUAUAAAAGACUCUUACAGUGUUAUAAAUAAGAAGCUUAAACUAUUUCCUGCUAUGUUUAACUUACAAACAGGACCGAAAGAAGUAUUUCCAUAUAACUACUACAGCAGUGUUUUGUUAGCAAAUGACAACAGAACUGGUGUCAUUUCUGAAGCAU